ACGAGAGAGAGAACGAGCAGCCAGGAAGCUGCAGCAGAGAGUCUGCAGGAUCAUUGUUGCCCAGUGCAGUCGGUGCUGCUCCUUCCACCUCUCCUCCUCUUUCUCUUUCUCCUCCUCCUUUUCCUCCUCCUUCUCCCGCAGCCGUCCAGCGAGCGGAGCUCACUGCAGACUGCAGUAGUCCGGAGCCCAGAGACACAGCUCAACGCCACCGUCAGCAACAGCGAACGGGAGACACUAGCACACGGAACCAAGCCAGCGACACACACACACACACACGCCCACACACACAAACACGUACAUACGCACACACACACACAGACAGACACUCCUCCUCGCGCCACACCGUUCUGCGCUGCGCCUCUUCACUCGCUCUCUCUCUUGCUCCCCCCUUGGCGGGCUCUCCUUCGUUCUGCUCUGCUCUGCCGGAGAAUGGUCCAGCGGGUGCCUGGGGCUCUCCUGUGGCGGCCUGUCUGAACACACACACACCCAACAGACACGCGUAUUCACGCGCACAAACCCAACAGCAAUGUGAGAGAGGAAGUGCCUUCCCUGACGUCUGCUGCAGCUUCAAUCUGCUUCUCGAGCUGAAGCUCCGCCCCUGCCCACCCUGCCUUGCUUGCUGCCACGGUAACGCGAGUACAAGGAUACCAACCACACCCCUUGUAACGGCCCACGCCUAAAACCCGCGCCCAAACCUGCAACCUCCACCACCCUCACUGCUCCAGCUCCUGCCUUCAGCCACAUCACCACCAGGCUUCCUGCCCCAGCUCUCAUCCACGUGUCCCCGACAGCGCCUCACUCCUCCUGGGCCCGGCUCCCACUCCCAAACCCCUCAGAAUUUGAUCUCCACAGAUCACAGCCUAAAAGCCUGUUGUAGUCAGAAGGAUCUGAAGUCUGAAUGUUCCCUCACCUGGACUGUUGCUGAGAGACGAGAAGAGUAAUUCUCGCCAAGGAUCAUUGGCUGCUGAGUUUGUUCUCACUGCUCUGAUGAAGUGAAUGUCCCAAUAACUCACACACAACAUUGUUACAAUACAUUUCACCUAUCGCCUUAAAACUUUUCAUUGGAACCUUUGGGGGAAUAAGGAAGAGGAGACUUAUCUGUGCUCAAGCCAAAGAACACACACCUACACACACAUCGCGCUUUAGUACGAUUCAGACGGAUUACUAAUAUUCACAUUUUUGGGGACUGUGUUUUGUCGCCAUGGCGCACAUGAACAUGGCGCACAUGCGGGACACAAAAUGGCUGACCCUGGAGGUGUGUCGGGAGUUCCAGAGGGGCACAUGCUCACGCUCUGACCAGGAGUGUAAGUUUGCCCACCCGGCCAAGAGCUGUCAGAUAGAGAAUGGACGUGUCAUCGCCUGCUUUGACUCCCUCAAGGGCCGUUGUUCCAGGGAGAACUGUAAGUACCUGCACCCUCCUGGCCACCUUAAGACCCAGCUUGAGAUCAAUGGCAGGAACAACCUGAUCCAGCAGAAGAACAUGGCCAUGCUGGCACAGCAGAUGCAGCUGGCCAACGCUAUGAUGCCCGGUGCCCAGCUACAGCCCAUGGUUAGUCUCUAUGACCUGGUCCAAGACAGCAACAGGUUCAGUUCAUAUCAACCGAUGUUCUCCAUGGCACCCGGCCUGGCUACUAAUGCCAGCGCCGCGGCGGCCGCCUUCAACCCGUAUCUGGGCCCGGUUUCACCCGGCUUGAUGCAGGCCGAGAUCAUGCCCAGCCCGCAGGUCCUCAUGGCGGGCCACCCCAACCACGGCCAGGUGCCCAACGCUGCCGCCGCAGCCGCGCAGAAACUCAUGAGGACAGACAGACUGGAGGUGUGUCGUGAGUACCAGCGUGGCAACUGUUCCCGAGGGGAAAAUGACUGCCGCUUCUCGCACCCCUCGGACAGCACCAUGAUCGACACCAAUGACAACACAGUGACCGUGUGUAUGGACUACAUCAAGGGCCGCUGCUCCAGGGAGAAGUGCAAGUACUUCCACCCUCCAGCCCACCUGCAGGCCAAGAUCAAGGCCGCACAGCACCAGGUGAACCAGGCCACUGCCGCCGCAGCCAUGACUCAGUCGGCUGUCAAAUCACUGAAGCGACCCCUCGACGCAACCUUUGACCUGGGAAUCCCCCAUAGUGUCAUGCCACCCAUGCCCAAGCGGGCAGCCUUGGAGAAGGCUAAUGGGGCUUCUGCCAUGUUCAACACUGGCAUGCUCCAGUACCAACAGGCCCUGGCCAACAUGCAGUUCCAGCAGCAGGCUGCCUUCCUCCCCUCAGGCUCAAUAUUCUGCAUGACCCCCGCCGCCGGUGUUGUACCCAUGAUGCACGGUGGUACACCAGCGUCUGCAGCCACCACGUCUGCCACAAGCGUUCCGUUUGCAAACGCCUCAGCCAAUCAGGACUCUUCCUUAUCAAAGUUGACAACCAACGAAUACAUGCAAUUGAUUCCAAUCAUUUCUGCCGAUCAUCUGAGUAAUCACAAGUACCUGAGUCAAAUGUAAUUUCAGUCAAGAACAGUGAGUGUCAUUCUAUUUCUUUACGAUCAAAAGAAUGUGUGCUGGCACCGUCCAAGCCUAAAGAGUUCAGCCUUUAUGUAUAUAAUGUUCAGAAUGUCAAGCAAUGGACAGGAGGAGCAUAGGUCAUAUCUCAGUUGCUCUGGAAUGCUGGUCUUCUCAUGCAUGCAAACAUCGGUGUGCCUGGUCGAUGUCAUGACACACACACACACACCUACUUGGUCUCCAAGCCAGCGUCCAGCUGAGAAGAGGAGGGUCUGUUUGUCCGACUGUCUCUACUGACAGACAGGCGCUGAGUAAAGUCACAGUACACCUGUGUGUUCAAACACAAAAACCAUGGCACUCAAAUACCUUUUUAUUUAAUUUUUUGCACCCACAUGAGGUUGAGCCGUCUGACGUACAGAACAUGCUGUUGGUACGUAAGUCAGUAGACCACGACAGAAUUUAGUAUUCGUUUUAGCUUUUAAAUUAAUAGAUUUGUUUUCAUGGUUUACAAAAAAAGUACAAACGGGCACCUUGAAUUUAAAUUGAGAACAGAAAGGCACAACACAUUUAAAAAAAAAUAAUAUUCAGGCGAAAACAUUGGAGAGUGUACAGUAUUCUGUUUUUAACAAGGCAUCUAGUGAAACUAGAUUAUGAAUUCAUGGUCAGGGACAUAUGAAUGUUCUGGGUAAGAAACACCUGUGUACCUUUGAAAGCACAGCCAUGCUAGCUUUAACCACCUAAUUAAUAUGUGCCAUAGAGGCCAUACAGUACAUCCCAAACCAGAGUGUUAUUUCAGCAGUGUUAUUCUGUUUACCUAAGAUAUGUGUUUUGUAUGGCUUGUACGUUUUUUAACAUAAUUUCUCCGUUGUGUUUUCUUUUCUUUUUUUUUACACAUUGUGCCAUUUGAUUUGUUGUUAAUAUAAGGAACGGGGUCCUCUCCAGCCUUUUAGAUCUAAGUCUUCGAUCUCUUUUACUAAAACAAAAAAACAGAGGUGCCUUCUAUCUUUUUACUGAUCUUUUUUAGUUUGGCCAUCCUUUUUUGGCUUUAUUGUUGUAUUUAUCAGUUGGGGUGAUCUGUGACUUCGGUAGGAGUUCAUAGUGACUGGGGAGUUGUAGUCCUGAGACUUGGUAGCUCCCCGACCAUCUCCUUUCUUUGUCCCAAACCUUAAAGAUGGAAGGACUUUAAAACUGUCUACAUAGAAGCACUGUAGAAAAAUGUGUUUUUAAAAGUAGUCAGAAAUAAAUUAGACCAUUAGAAGAUACGCACUUGGUUGAGUGUUUUUAUGCUCCCCAUAUUAAUUACCCCUGUAUAUGUUAAUUUUACGACAAUUGAGGUAAUACAACAAAAAACAGGUUCAAUAUAAAUGUACCAAACAUAAGAAAAGUCUGUGAAUUUUGAUAGGAUUUUAUCUGAAUUAAGACACCAAAGCACAGUUCUGCUCAUGCACAAAGGGUUAGGUGUAUCGCUCAGUUCAGGAAGGUUUGGGGGAUUUGGGGAUAGAUUUAAUUUCAGAACCCUUGUUUUCUCAUGCCAUUAUGUUCUGUGAUUUUAUUUGGGUUUGUUGUUAUUCUGUUUCAGCUGAGGUGUAAUAUCCUUUACUGAUCAUGAUGUACCUCUAUUGAAGCCUUAGAUUACAGGACUGGUUCUACCCCAAUCAGAUGUACUUUCAAUCACCAUACAGGCAAUGAACACCAAUGAUAUUUUACAGUCCAUACACAUACAUACAAAUUUUUUGUCUCUUUUUUUCUUAACAACUUACCUACUUAAAUUUAAUUGAACUUGUGUUAUGUAUUACUUAAGGAUUUGAAUCUAUUUGAGUAUUUAGUUUGUAGAUUUCUGCCUUAUUAUAUUCUACUUGACAACAUUGUUAUAGCCAUUGUAGAUUUGAGGUAGUAUGACAUUCAUAACUUUUUUCAAACCAUACUCAUUAUUAAUAAUAAUGUGUGGAGUCAGAUUAAGUAUUCACAUCAUUCAUGUAGCUGGAUGUCUUUAGUUGAAGAGGUCCAUUAUCAAUUAAUGUUGUUGAUCAAAGACCUUUUGAUAUUGAUACAUGGAAUUACAUCAUUUGGUGUGUGGACAAGACAUCAACUAUGGGUGAAAACUAAUGUUUUAACUAGCUCCGUUUGUUUUUUCAAGUCGAGAUCUUGUUUGAAAAUGUAUUGUGUCGAAAUGUAGAUUGUCCAUGUUUAGAGAUUUUUUUUCCUUCUUUUUCUACUGUAUCCAUUUAAAAAAUAUGUUGUUUUAAUAUUUCUUAAGAUUGCCCUGAAUGUCAGGCCAAAAUGAACAGUGAGGUUGAUAGGUCUGAAGUUGGAUGGAAAGUAAGAUAAGAGGUGAGCUAGUGGACUUUGCCGAAUCGGGAAGGUCGGUAAUGCUGCAGAUGAAUGAGCUUAAACCUAAGGGACGAUGGUUGACUUUUUGCACUUCUGUAUAUAGUCAAUGAACAGAGAAAAAAAUUGUAUCAUAUUGAGAUAUUAUUUUGAAUAAAAUAAAUUCUAUAAUUAUAAGGAAUUUUGUUAGGUUAACUUAAAAAAAUCUAAACUAAAAGACCAGCUAAACAAAUUUGCUUGCAAAAAUACAAAAAUUGUGCCAGUUUUGCGGCCAAUGCAUUCAAAAAAAGCUCUGCGUGUUUGGCUUCUGUUGUCAGUGGCUAGUAGGUUGCCAGGAAAAUCUAAAGGGGAGCAUACCCCCUAAGUUCACUCCCACUCACUCCCCUUUGUAAUAUAGGGCUUAAAACAAUUGUCAUUUAUUGUCCAUAUUUCCUGAACCAGGCCAUUCACACCUGGGCCUAUAGUACAAUAACUACAACUAAAAAAAUCUAUUUGAAACUAUUUAUAAUUUAGUUUGAUUUGACUGCAUGUAAAAAGAACACAAAUGUAAACCAUCUAUAUAAGUAGAUAAGGAAAGUCAAUUACAAAAAUAACUUCUACAUUUGAGGAAAAGGGAAAAUAAGACUUCUGGACGAGUCACAUUAAUUAACACUUGUGAAAUAACAUUUUCACCAAGGAACUCCAUGAGAUCUAAAUAAUAGAAUGUAAUGUUAACACAAAACCACCCAAGAAAUAUUUUCUCAUCACCGUAAGAUUGCUUAAGUCAACAUGGACUCACAGGACACAGCUUAUGCUACCAGACAACUGUGCGCUCAGCAGGUGAAGGACUCCCACUAUACCAAAUGCUUAGGUAAAUACUCUUUCAAAUGAAUGUAACCAUCGUAAGUCAAGGUCAACCUAUUUCUGACUCGAGGUCACUGUAUAAGUGCUAUGGAACCAAAGAGUCACUUUUUUUCCAAACCAACCAGUGUUGCCCUGGCAGAUUUCACUGUCUCUCGGCGUUGACCAAGGUCUCUCUUCCCUGCUGGGGGCACACAUGCUUGACUGCUUAUUAUGUGUAAGUGAACACUUACAUUUGUUUUGCUUAUAGUUGCUACAAAAUAAUGUACUACCUUGUCAUUAAAUUUGUUUUAUGCACAUUU